GGAGAGCCCUCCCACCGAAAAAGCCUACCAUCUGCCCCUCCCCAUGGCCUUGAUGGUGCUGAAUGGAGUCCUGCUCAAGGACCCCAGCCAGCCGGCACUGCUGCAGCAAGUCGGCAACACGGCCCAGCUGGACACCUUCAGCUACCAGAGCUGCUUCAUGCGGGAGGUCUUUGCCCACUUCCCAGAAGUCUUGUUUAUCCACCGUACCUACAACCCCAGGGGCAAGGUGCUAUACACUUUCCUGGUGGAUGGGCCCCGGGUGCAGCUGCAGGGACCCCUGGCCCGGGCUGUCUACUUUGCCAUUCCAGCCCGGGAGGAUGCUGAAGGCCUGGCCCAGAUGUUCCAGGUGUUCAAGGCAUUCAACCCAGCAUGGGAGAGAGUCUGCACCAUCCUGGUGGACCCACACUGGAGCACCCCACUGCCCACCCUCGCAAUGGAGUUCCCCACGGCAGAGAUCCUGCUCUCGGCCUUCCACGUCUGCAAGUUCCUGCAAGGCAAGUUCUACCAGCUGUUCCUGGAGCGUCCCGUGGAGAAGCUGCUGCUGAGCUCCCUGCAGAAUACCAUGUGCUCCGCCACGGCUGGCAACCUGAGGAAGCUGUCGGCCCUCCUCAGCAAGUGCAUCCCACCGGCCCGGCUGCCAGAGCUGCAUCCGCACUGGCUACUCAACGACCGCAUCUGGCUGGCCCACCGCUGGAGGAGCCGGGCCGAGAGCGGCCGCUACUUCCAGAGCCUCGAGGUCACCACCCGCCUCCUCAGCCGCUGCUUUGGCACCAUGGCAUCCGAGAAGCAAGGCCUGGCCUCUCUCUUCCAGUACGUGCAGAACUCGGGGAGCAAGGCAGACCUUGGCAUUAGCCCCAGUGCCCAGAGCAGCUGUACCCCGACAGAUGCCAGCCCUCAGAAUCCCAAAACAGAGCAGGUGGUGGAAGCCCGCAUCCAGCUCUCCCUCGAUGCCAUCUGCGUGGGACCCGCGGCCCAGCUGUGCCUGGGCGAGCUUGCCGUGGUCCAGAAAUCCAUGCACCUCAUCAGCUCGGGCUCAGAGAAGAUCAGCAUACAGAUCCUGGAGGACACGCACAAGGUGCAGCCUCACCCCCCCGCCAGCUGCAGCUGCUACUUCAACCAGACCUUCCACCUGCCCUGCCGCCACAUCCUCGCCAUGCUCAGUGCCCGCCACCAGGUGCUCCAGCCCCACAUGCUGCCGGCCCAGUGGACAGCAGGCUGCGCCACUGGUCUGGACAGCAUCGUGGGCAGCAGGUGGAGUGAGGCCCUGGACAAGCACCUGGCGGUGACCUUCCUCACCGAGGAGGUGGGGCGGCUCCUCCAGCACUGCAGCAAGGAGGAGUUUGAACUGCGGUACAGCACCCUGCGGGAGCUGGCUGACAGCUGGAUCGGCCCCUACGAGCAGGUCCAGCUCUGAUCACUCCCGAUUCUCCAAGAUGCUCGGGCUCGUGCCCCACAGGCACCCUCCCUCGGUUGGACUUCCCACUCUGUCCAAUGAAUCAGCAGGAGCCCCCUAGUAAGUAUUUGAGACUUUUAACGGCCACAUGCAGUCUCCUGUAUAUUCUUGGUUUGGCCUUUUCAUAAGAGGAACAGAAACGUUCUUCAAAAAUUGUAACAGACAUGGGUAGCCCCUGAGAAAAACCUGGUCUGAGAAAAAACAUGAGGCCGUAUGGCUGUGGGCUGGGCUUGCUAACAGUCCUAAGCUACUCCUCUGAUCCACGUCCCCCAAGGGAUGGGGGCCUAGGAGCUUUCCCACAGAGGAAAGCCCCUCAGAAGGCCAGGCUCCCAGCAGUGUUUUCCGCCCUUGCCCUAUCAUGGAACCAAUAAAGUUGAAUGUUGCAUCUUACA